GAGGCUGUGACAAUAUCACCAUGAAAGUUCCCCAGUUGAUUACUUACAUGAAGACAAUUAUCACUGGAUUCCACUCCUGUGGCUGAUAAGUCUAUUUGCAGGGCUGGAAUACUGCUGUGCAGCUGUCGACCCGAAGGAAUGUGCAGCGGCGGGCAGCAAGUGCCACCCUCAGGCUGAGUGUCUGAAGGUCAGAAACAACUUCACCUGUGUGUGCCGCAUGGGCUACCAGGGCGACGGUCUGCUGUGCAACGACAUCGAGGAAUGCCUCAGUGGCCUGCACGGCUGUCACUCGCAGGCCCGAUGCAACAACACCCUUGGCAGCUACAGCUGUGUCUGCCUCAGUGGAUAUGUCGGAGAUGGCAUCAACUGCCAGGACAUUGACGAGUGCCAAAAAGACAAUGGGGGUUGCCAUGCCAAUGCCCUCUGCACAAACUACGAGGGUGGGCGACAGUGCCAGUGUAAAGUGGGCUUCACGGGCAACGGCUUCCAGUGUAAUGAUGUUAACGAAUGCGGUAACCAAAGGAUCUGCCACUGGAACGCCACCUGCACCAACAACCCUGGGUCCUACGUGUGUACCUGUAAUGUUGGCUACAAGGGCAACGGGAACUACCUGUGUCUUGACAUAGAUGAAUGUUCAGAGACUCCUCAAGUGUGUUCUUCCUCACUUGGCUACAAAGGCUGUAAAAACCUGCCCGGCACCUACCGCUGCACGUGCAACAAUGGCUUCGAAAGUAACGGGCAGAGCUGCGUGGACAUCAACGAGUGUGCGAGCAACAUCUGCAGUCUAUACUCGGACUGCAUCAACACCAUGGGGUCAUACCGGUGUACCUGCAAAAGCGGUUUUGACGGAAAUGGACUGACGUGCGCAGACAUAAAUGAAUGCAACAAUAAAAAUCCAUGCGAUCCCAACGCUGCUUGUAUCAACAGGCUCGGGAGUUACGAGUGCUCCUGUUUUGGAGGUUUUAUAGGAGACGGUCAACUGUGUAAAGACAUCGAUGAGUGUGCAAAUCCCAACAUCUGCCCUUCAACCAUAACCUGCGUCAACACCGCGGGGUCGUUUUAUUGUGACUGUGGCAGCGGCUUCACCUUCAACAACUCCAAGUGCUAUGACCAGGAUGAAUGUGCGGAGGGCCGCUGCAGCCCGUAUGCGACCUGCACAAAUGUACCUGGCUCCUUCUCUUGUCAGUGCACAGCAGGGUACAGGGGAGAUGGCUUCACUUGCGCAGAUGUGGAUGAGUGCUCGCUUGCUAAGCAGUGCCACUCCAACGCACUUUGCAUCAACCUCCUCGGCUCCUACAACUGCACCUGUCAGGUGGGUUAUUCUGGAGAUGGGGUGAUCCAGUGCAAAGACGUGAACGAGUGUCUGGUGGAUAAUGGAGGUUGCAGAAACAAAGCUACAUGUGUCAACAACCUGGGUUCCUUCUCUUGCCAGUGCCAGUUGGGCUUUGUCUUGGUAAACAGAACUCUUUGUCAGGAUAUAAAUGAGUGCAAGGAGCGGAACAACCCAUGUCGAGUGAAUGAAGAGUGCAAGAACGUGGACGGGUCAUACGAGUGCCCCUGCAAGGUCGGUUACUACCGCCCAGCCAGCAACAUGGACUGCGUUGACAUGGACGAGUGUAAAGACAACCCGUGCCAUGUCAACGCCACAUGCCUCAACACCAUUGGGUCCCACACUUGCACCUGUAAGCGGGGUUUUUCAGCAAACGGCACCCAGUGUGAAGAUAUAAACGAGUGCUCUUUUGAAGGCACAUGCCACCCACGGGCGCUAUGCACCAACUUCCCUGGGGACUUCUUUUGCGCCUGUCAGCGGGGUUUCAAAGGUGAUGGCUUCUCCUGUCAGGAUGUGGAUGAGUGUGCCCUCUCUGAAAACAUUUGCCCAGCCUUCUCAAAGUGUAUCAACUCCCCUGGCGCUCAUGUUUGUUCAUGUUUGAAUGGCACAGUGGCCUUCAAUGGUACCUGCAUGCCACCCAGUCGGUUGUGUGACCCUGCCUGCCACAGUUACGGCCUGUGCCACCAAUCACCUGCUGGAUACCAGUGUGUGUGUGACCUGGGUUACAUUGGCGACGGGCUGGCCUGCUCAGACAUAGACGAGUGCCAGAGGGAAAACAUUUGUCCUCAAAAUGAAACGGAGUGUGUUAAUAUCCCGGGAUCGUUUUCCUGUAUCUGCAAAAAAGGCUACACUCUCAAUGGAACACAGUGUCUUGAUGUGAACGAGUGUGAGACAGGGCAGCAGGAGUGCAGUGAGUUUGCCGGGUGUGUCAACACAAUGGGCAACCAUUUGUGCUUCUGUCUCAGUGGCUUCACAGGUGACGGAAAGAACUGCUCUGACUUUGAUGAGUGCCAAGUCCAAAAUGGAGGAUGCCAUCCAGUUGCCAGCUGCACUAACACGCCUGGAUCUUUCUACUGUGCCUGCCCACCUGGCAUGGCGGGCAAUGGCUUUAACUGCCACGAUGUGAAUGAAUGCGAGCAGAACUCCACCCUGCCGCACAACUGUAGUGCCCAGGCUUUGUGCCGCAACACAAACGGGUCCUACAUCUGCCAGUGCCAGGAUGGAUACCAGGGCGACGGCUUUGUUUGUGAGGAUGUCGACGAAUGUCAGCGGGCCACGGCUUGUAGUGGGAACAUGACGUGCAACAACGUCCCUGGUUCCUACACAUGUUGGUGUAUCUUGGGCUUGGUGUAUGACGAGGGCACAUGCGUGAGUGAAGACACCUGCCUGAAUGCUAGUAGCAUCUGCCACCCGCUCGCCGAGUGUCACCAAGACCAGGGAUCCUUCUACUGCCAGUGCGAAGAUGGUUAUGAGGGAAAUGGAACUGAAUGCUGGGAUGUGGAUGAAUGCGUUGAAUUGCAAGAUCAAAUCUGCCCUGCCUACUCCUACUGCCUCAACACUUUUGGCUCCUACAUCUGUGACUGCUGGGAAGGGUUUCAGGGCAAUGGGACACAUUGUCAGGACAUGGACGAAUGUGUGAUGGGGAACUUCACCUGCCCUGACAACAGCACUUGUACUAACAAAGAGGGGAGCUACGGAUGUACCUGUGACCCGGGCUUCUCGGGCAACGGCUCCCUGUUGUGUUUGGAUGUAGAUGAGUGCUCCCUUCGUUUCAUCCAGUGCCCUAGAUACUCCAACUGCCUAAACACAGUUGGAUCUUUUGUCUGUGAGUGCUGGGAAGGUUACCAAGGCAGCAACACAGACUGUGAGGAUAUCGAUGAGUGCCUCGACAACACUACCUGCCCCGAGCAUAGCACCUGCAUCAACACCAACGGAAGCCACCUGUGUCGUUGCGACGGCGGAUUUUCCCGUGUGGAUGAUUUGUGUGUGGACAUCGAUGAAUGUAGUGACACGGAGCUGGUGGAGCUUUGCACCAAUGGCACGUGUAGGAAUUAUAUUGGCUCAUAUUACUGUGAAUGCAUCAAAGGAUUCUGGAGUAAUGGGACGGAGUGCGUAGAUGUGGAUGAAUGCUCAGAUUCCCUCAACGCUUCGGUGUGUCAACAUCAUUCUACAUGCGUCAACAUGCCUGGGUCUUACCGGUGCCCCUGUAAUCAGGGAUUUGUUCUGAAUGGCACCGAGUGUCAGGAUGUGGAUGAGUGUAACGCCCCUGAUGGCACCCCUUGUCCCGAGCACUCAUUAUGUAACAACACAGCAGGGUCCUUCUUCUGCCUGUGUUCUCCUGGGUACAAACCCAUUAGCCCGGGCUGUGAGGAUAUUGACGAAUGCAAAGACAACACCACCUGCCGCUUUGACCAGGUGUGCACCAACCUCCCCGGAGCGUACAACUGCUCUUGUCGGUUGGGGUAUCACGAGGAGACACAGCAAUGUGUCGACACUAACGAAUGUGAAAAUUCACCAUGCCACCCCUCGGCGCGGUGCUGGAACACCCCUGGCUCCUUUUCAUGCCACUGCUCCCUGGGCUACGCCGGAAAUGGCUCCUGGUGCAAAGACGUGGAUGAGUGUGUCGCCCUGACCCAACCUUGCCAUUCUCUGGCUCGCUGCCACAAUACACCAGGGUCAUUUGUAUGUGUGUGUAGGCCCGGCUUUGUGAGUAUCGGGCCACUGUGUGUAGACUUUGAAGAGUGCCAACAGGCUAAUAGGCAGUGCCACCCUGCGGCCACGUGCUCGAACCAUGCAGGAGGAUUCAAAUGCUCUUGCAGUCAGGGCUGGAAUGCCACUAAAGACAACGGUCGUGGAAAAAGAGGAUGUGUGGACUUGGAUGAGUGCGUGUCAUCCAUGGCCUGUCCUGGGCAAACAACCUGCACCAACCUGCCAGGGUCUUACAGCUGUUCCUGUCCCAAAAAUAGCACAGUGUGCAAAAUGAUGACUCAGAAGGAGAGCAGCCUGUACCCCUUUGGAGCAGAGGUUGGUGAUGAAGGAGUAAGAAUGGACGCUGAAGAUGGAAAUUCCCCAUACAUCACUCCACCAAUGGGUUUCCCCUUCAUGGGGAAAUUGUACGACAGGGUUUAUUUUUCUGACAACGGCCUUGUCCAGUUUCAAUCUGUCACUGAGAAUGAGCAGUACCUGCUCCCGGCGCCUUUGGCCAUCGGUUUCCCAGACAACAUGAAUGUGUCUCUGUUGGCGGCGUUUUGGGACGAUGCUGACCUCACCCAUGGGGACGGACAGCUGAUCUAUCAGGAAUACAAUGAGCGUGAUAUGUCGGAUGUCUACUCCCAGAUAGUGUUCAACCGUACUAAAGACGAAGUGUCAAAGUUUGAGGAGGGGAGAAGCAAGCCCGCCUUCACCCCUGCCUGGAUCCUCAAGAUCACCUGGGACCAUGUGAUACCUGUCUCCUUCCAGAAAAUCAACUAUUCAGAGACCAACACCUUCCAGUGUAUCCUGACCACGGACGGAGCGCGCUCCUUUGCACUCCUGCGAUACGGGGAGAUGCUCUGGGGUCCAGGCCAGAGGCCGCACCAUGACGCUCUCAUCGGCUACACAGACGGAAAAUCCUCCCACAGGGAGCCCACGGUGCCCCCAGGAAACCUUUUCGGUCCCGGCGGCAGAUACAGGCCCCAGCAGGUGAAAGGGGUCACGGGGAAGCCGGGUCAGCUGGUGUACGACUUGACGGGGCCGCCGAGGUCUGGCGUGGAUCCGCGCAUCAGGUGCCAGGCGUGGGCGACGAAGGAGCCUGACCCCGCUGAGUGGACAAAGGAGCUGUCUCGAUGUCCCUGCACCCGCACCCAGGCCCAGGAGGACCUGUCCUUCCUGCAGGACAUUACCGAUCCGGGUUCCAGGGUGAAGACGCUGAGGGGUCAGCGGUGGGGGGGCGCAGGGGGGCAUGUCUUCCAGUCCAUCCUGUCCAACAGACAUGAUUCGGGCAAGAGGUGCGUGUACGAACCGGAUGGUCCCCUGCUUGCCGGGUACAGUGAGCGCUACUUCUCCGGAAAAAGCAUGCAGAAACAUAUCGAUGAAGAUCUCCUGCCAUUCCAGUGGUGUUGUAUCGAGUCUCCUCUAUGCCACCUUUACCUCAACAAGAGACCUCUGGACCGUUGCCAGGGUUACAGCUGGGACAGUCCUUAUGGCUACACUCAGGGCAAGAAGGAGACACAGGGUGUAGCGAUGGUGUACGGGAGCCUCCAUUUCAUCACCUUUGACGGGACGGAGUACUCCUUCAAGGCCUUGGGAGAGUUUGUGAUAUUGCGCCUCUCCUCCACCACCGGCUCUAAUAUUUUCACCCUGCAAGGACAGACUGACAAGCUCCACACAGACACAAAGGGGAUCAGUGAGGUCCCUGUGGUGGUGCGCAUGGCCGCCUUCCACCAGGGCAUUGGCAAGAUUGAAUGGAGAUGUGUGGAGAAUGGAGACGGACUGCAGGUCUUUGUGGACGAUGUUGAGGUCCCAAUCACAGUUGGUGUCGUGCACAUGGGGGAGAAGGACUUUGCCGUGCGCUGUAUCUCAAUGAACCGCUGCGUGGCGGUGUACGCCGGUGGUCUCCACGUGGUGGCCUGGCGGGUCGUCGGUUACAACCAGCUGGCGGCCAUGGUGGAGGUUCCACAGACCUUCUACAACCGCACUGUGGGCCUCCUGGGUCUCUGGAGCUCCAACCGCUCCGACGAUUUCCUCAUGUCCAACGGCAGGCUCCUCCGCUCAGUGGACCUCAACCCCCCUUCAGAGGAGACACUGCACCCCUUUGGCGUGUCCUGGUCAGUUCCCCUUCCAGAGAGCCUGUUGUUCUCUCCACCUCCACUGGCUCCACUGCUGCCGGCCCCCUCUGAGCGCCUGCUAGCCAGCGUCAGCCCUGCUGAGGUGGAGGAGCUGAGGAGAACCUGUAAAGGAAGCAUGCAGUGCGUUCAUGACAUAGUAGCCACCGGCAGCUCCGACCUGGGCCUGCAGACUCUGGAGGCCAAGAAGCAAUAUCAAAAUCUGGCUCUGAUCUACGGUAACAUGCCUCCCAUAGUGACAGAGCCCACAGUGAUCCGCUGCAAGGUCAACUCGACUGUCAACAUCCAGGUUGUGGCUCAGGACCCAAAUGGAGACACCGUCACCUACUCACUGCUCUACCCCAGGCCUGCACGGACUUCCAUAGGCAGCAGUGACGGCUUCCUGACGUGGACGCCCCUCACCACGCAGCCUGUCCAGCUGACCAUCAGCGUCAGUGACAAGCUCUCCAGCUCCCUGUUCACCCCCAUCCUGCGCGUCUGCAACUGCCUCAACGGGGGCUCCUGCCAGUACGACAGCAUCUCCGAAAACCACCAGCAGGGAACGUUCCAGGUGGUGGCGUGCCUGUGCCCCAAGGGAUUCAGUGGAAAGUUCUGCGGCAACGCCACAGAUGUAUGUCGAGGCAAUCCCUGUUUCCGAGGAGUGCAGUGCCAGUCCGAGCCUGGCCGGUUCACCUGUGGGGAGUGUCCCGAUAAUGCCGUCUCCGGGGGAAAACGGGGAUACAAGUGCUUUGAGCAUGACAUGUGCAGCCCUCCUUUCCCCUUCCCCUGCCACAGAAAUGCCGACUGCCUCAGCACGAGAGAAAACUUCACCUGCACGUGUAAACCGGGCUUUACAGGAGACGGACGCAACUGCACAGAUAUAGACGAGUGUCUACAGCUAACAACCUGCCCCAAUGCCAAGUUUGAGUGCAAGAACCAGCCCGGCUCCGUCGACUGCUUCUGCAGAUACAAGAAGACCAAGGACACAGACGGAUGUGGUGACUCUGCCAAUCCUCCAGGGUAUAACAUGUUCAACGUCUCCGUGGGCUGGACGAAGAGCAGAUCCGAUGGACUCAAACAGCUGGCGGACAUUCUGUCGAUGGGCUUCCAGAACAAAUUCUACAACGCCAGCAAGAAGGAUGGCGUGCAAGGCUCCAGUCCAGGUAUGACAGAGUAUCGCAUCAACGUGUCCAGCGACACGCCGCACUGGUACAUCAGAGACUACCUGGCCAGAGUCAGCAGCCUCUACUCAAUCAGCACCGUAGAAGUUGACGAUCUGGAUGAGUGUAAGGCCAAGGAGGCGGUGUGCGUCCACCCUGCCCUCUGCGCCAACACUUACGGAGGCUACAGGUGCGUCUGCAACGGCACAACCGACGUGGAUAAAUCCCAGUCCUGCAUACUAGACAGAGAACAGGUGAAGGGUAUGGAACUAGACCUCGUUCUGGGCCUGGUGCUGGGUAUCGGCAUCCCUCUGCUUUUGCUGCUGCUCCUGGCUGUACUGGCCUGCUUCUGCUGCUGCAAGAAAUCUGUCACUGGAGACUUACCUCACACGUUGCAUCCAAGCUACAUCCAGGAGCAGUACAACCCUCCGCCCUUCAACUACUCCGACCCUGCCCUGCACUACGUAACCCACUGCAGCCCACGGAUCCUAGACAGCUAUACACCCAGGCAACGCUACAGAUAGCACAUACUAAAGCCACGUGCACGUACAUGCAUAGGUUCAAAUUACUUAAAGGGUAACUCUGUGUUUUUCGAACAAUUUUUUUCCCCCUUUGUUUUUGUGUGUAAUUGAGCAAACGGGACAACGAUUUUUGAUAUUGGUCCAAUGAGUGAGAAGGCUACAACGGGUUGACAUGUGAACGCCUGCGGCCACUCCUCACCCUCUAUGUUUGUCCACUAAAACUGCUUGUUUUUGCCACUGAAAGGCACAGAUUGUUACUACAACUACACUUUUCUUUCACAUUCGAACAAGAAGUCUCGUUCUGAAAUAUCUCGUUGCAUCCGCAUUGUCUUAAUCAGCUAAACCUUCAGCCCUGGCAUUGGAAAUAUAAAAUAACACUGCCGCGUUCUCCCUCAGCAUCCUCCCUCAGCAUCCUCCCUCAAUGCUAGAUCAAUUUCAAAAACUGUGGUCCACAUAAUGCACUUGGACACAUAAAACAUGGGAAAGGUUGAAAUAUUCCAAAGUGACCCUUUAAACAGAGACAAAAAAGCGCCCACAGAAAUGCACAGGCUCGCAUGGCGCAAGCACUUUUGGAGCCACCGUUUGUUUUCUAAAGACAAGAUGAAUGACUCUUAUUUAUAUAGUUAAAAAAAAGUAAUUAAACCUGAGUGACUUUUAAAGUCAAUUAUUUCCAAUCGUCUCCGCGGAGCGAUAGACCUGCCAAGUUUGAACUACAAGUUUAUUUUUUCCACCAGGACAACAAUUUAGAGUCAAGAGUCUGACCCAGCAGAACUCAACAAUCCGAUGAAAAGUAAACCACUGCAGUGGUCUUCAGUUUCCAUCUGAUGCCAGGCCAACAGCCUCGUUGAUAGCAACAUUAGCACCUGCCAGAAUAUGUGAGAAUAUGUGGCGACGGGCUCCUGCUAUGGAGUUUGUUGUGGUUCUAGUCCAAAAUACGCACUAAUGCAAUCGUAUAUGUAUCACUUUUUAUCACUGCAAAAUAAAAAUCCAAUAUGUGUCAUUGUUUUGCAAACACACAACCCAUUAAAAAAUCGGCGACACUGUUUUCUGAAAGCAUUUAUCCCACUUUGGGCUUACACUCUCAAUUAUUGUCCGUUGCUGGAUUGUGUCCCAGUUAAUUAAACACGGCAGAGUAAUCUAGAGUUUCGGCUGGCAGCUGUCUUUUGUCACUGAAAGCGACGUGUAAAUAUAUAAUGUAAAUCAUUAAAGGUGCC